GAUUAGUUUUAGAAGGAUGGACUAUAACAUUGAAUCAAUUACAAAAAGCGGUUUUUGAGCCCAUUACAGUUGGAGCUAGAGGGAGAGAAACAGAGGAGGGGACUCCAGGAGAGGACUGGAGGCCGUGGACACACUUUUUACUCCAUAUGUAGGAUUUUCAUUGCGAAUUGACAGAGAAGGAGAAGCAACUGGGAUUUGAGGAAUUUCGAACUGCGCUCCAAGGGGCCCUCAUUGUGCGCUGUGGUCCCCACCCCCACCCGUCUCGGAGCGCCCCCUUCCUCGGUGAAAUCGUUUCUGCAAAGCCCCGGGGCUCUGCUACUGCCCAGUCCCGGCCGCAGGAAGGAAGGAAGGAAGGUCGCCAGAAAAGUGCUGAACUUCUAGGGGAAGUUAAGGACGACUCGAAACGGAGAAACUUGGUUCCCAGUUUUCCAGAACUAUGGGGACUUGCCAUCGGGCACUCCUGGUCUUAGGCUGUCUCCUCACAGGGCCCAGCCUAAGCUUCUGCCAGCUUUCAUUACCCUCCAUCCUCCCAAAUGAAGAUGAAAAGGUUGUGCAGCUGAACUCAUCCUUUUCUCUGAGAUGCUUUGGGGAGAGCGAAGUGAGCUGGCAGUACCCCAUGUCUGAAGAAGAGAACCCUAACGUGGAAAUCAGAAAUGAGGAAAACAACAGUGGCCUUUUUGUGACGGUGCUGGAAGUGGUCAGUGCCUCAGCAGCCCACACGGGAUUGUACACUUGCUAUUACAACCACACGCAGACAGAAGAAAGCGAGAUCGAAGGCAGGCGCAUUUACAUCUAUGUGCCAGACCCUGAUGUGGCCUUCGUACCUCUAGGAAUGACAGACUAUUUAGUCAUCGUGGAGGAUGAUGAUUCUGCCAUCAUCCCUUGUCGCACGACUGAUCCUGAGACUCCAGUGACCUUACUCAGCAGUGACGGGGUGGUACUCGCCUCCUACGACAGCAGACAGGGCUUUAACGGAACCUUCAGCGUCGGGCCCUACAUCUGCGAGGCCACCGUCAAAGGGAAGAAGUUUCGGACCAUCCCAUUUAAUGUUUAUGCUUUAAAAGCAACAUCAGAACUUGAUCUAGAGAUGGAAGCUCUUAAGACUGUGUAUAAGUCGGGGGAAACGAUUGUGGUCACCUGUGCCGUCUUUAACAACGAGGUGGUUGACCUUCAGUGGACUUACCCUGGAGAAGUGAAAGGCAAAGGCAUCACAAUGCUGGAGGAAAUCAAGGUCCCGUCCAUCAAAUUGGUGUACACCCUGAGCGUCCCCGAGGCCACGGUGAAAGACAGUGGAGAUUACGAAUGUGCUGCCCGCCAGGCCACCAGGGAGGUCAAAGAAAUGAAGAAAGUCACCAUUUCUGUCCAUGAGAAAGGCUUCAUUGAAAUCAAACCCAACUUCAGCCGGCUGGAAGCCGUUGACCUGCAUGAGGUCAAACAUUUUGUGGUGGAUGUGCAGGCCUACCCGCCUCCUAGGAUAUCCUGGCUGAAGGACAACCUGACUCUGAUCGAAAAUCUCACUGAGAUCACCACUGACAUAGAAAAGAUCCAGGAAAUAAGGUACCGAAGCAAAUUAAAGCUGAUCCGUGCAAAGGAAGAAGACAGUGGUCAUUAUACUAUUGUAGUUCAAAAUGAAGAUGAUGUAAAGAGCUAUACCUUUGAACUCUUAACUCAAGUUCCCUCAUCUAUUCUGGACUUGGUCGACGACCACCAUGGCUCUACCGGGGGUCAGACUGUGAGAUGCACAGCUGAAGGGACCCCUCUUCCUGACAUUGAGUGGAUGAUUUGCAAGGAUAUUAAGAAAUGUAAUAAUGAAACUUCGUGGACGAUUUUGGCUAACAACAUCUCAAACAUCAUCACGGAGGUCCACCCCCGAGACAGGAGUACUGUGGAGGGCCGAGUGACGUUUGCCAAAGUGGAGGAGACCAUUGCCGUUCGGUGUCUGGCUAAGAAUCUCCUUGGGGCUGAGAACCGAGAGCUGAAGCUGGUGGCUCCCACUCUACGUUCUGAACUCACAGUGGCAGCUGCGGUCCUGGUGCUGUUGGUGAUUGUGAUCAUCUCACUUAUUGUCCUGGUUGUCAUUUGGAAGCAGAAACCGAGGUACGAAAUUCGUUGGAGGGUCAUUGAAUCAAUCAGCCCUGAUGGACAUGAAUAUAUUUAUGUGGACCCGAUGCAGCUGCCUUAUGACUCGAGAUGGGAGUUUCCAAGAGAUGGCCUCGUGCUUGGUCGUAUCCUGGGAUCUGGUGCGUUUGGGAAAGUGGUCGAAGGAACUGCUUAUGGAUUAAGCCGGUCCCAACCUGUCAUGAAAGUAGCUGUGAAGAUGCUAAAACCCACAGCCAGAUCUAGUGAAAAACAAGCUCUCAUGUCGGAACUGAAGAUAAUGACUCACCUGGGGCCGCAUUUAAACAUUGUGAACUUGCUGGGAGCCUGUACCAAGUCAGGCCCAAUUUACAUCAUCACAGAGUACUGCUUCUAUGGGGAUUUGGUCAACUAUUUGCAUAAGAAUAGGGACAGCUUCCUGAGCCGCCACCCAGAGAAGCCAAAGAAAGAGCUGGACAUCUUUGGAUUGACCCCUGCUGAUGAAAGCACACGGAGUUAUGUUAUUUUAUCUUUUGAAAACAAUGGUGACUACAUGGACAUGAAGCAAGCUGAUACCACACAGUAUGUCCCCAUGCUGGAGAGGAAAGAGGUUUCUAAAUAUUCGGACAUCCAGAGGUCGCUGUAUGAUCGCCCAGCCUCAUAUAAGAAGAAAGCUAUGUUAGACUCAGAAGUCAAAAACCUCCUUUCGGAUGAUAACUCAGAAGGCCUAACUUUGCUGGAUUUGUUGAGCUUCACUUAUCAAGUUGCCCGAGGAAUGGAGUUUUUGGCUUCAAAGAAUUGUGUCCACCGGGACCUGGCUGCUCGCAACGUCCUCCUGGCACAAGGGAAAAUUGUGAAGAUCUGUGACUUUGGCCUGGCCAGAGACAUCAUGCAUGAUUCCAACUACGUGUCCAAAGGCAGCACCUUUCUCCCUGUGAAGUGGAUGGCUCCUGAGAGCAUCUUCGACAACCUCUACACCACGCUGAGUGACGUCUGGUCUUACGGCAUUCUGCUCUGGGAGAUCUUUUCUCUUGGUGGCACACCCUACCCUGGCAUGAUGGUGGAUUCUACUUUCUACAAUAAGAUCAAGAGUGGGUACCGGAUGGCCAAGCCUGACCAUGCCACCAGUGAAGUCUAUGAGAUCAUGGUGAAGUGCUGGAACAGUGAGCCGGAGAAGAGGCCCUCCUUUUACCACCUGAGUGAGAUUGUGGAGAAUCUGCUGCCUGGACAAUAUAAAAAGAGUUAUGAAAAGAUUCACCUGGACUUCCUGAAGAGCGAUCAUCCCGCCGUGGCACGCAUGCGCGUGGACUCUGACAACGCCUACAUUGGCGUCACCUACAAAAAUGAGGAAGACAAGCUGAAGGACUGGGAGGGUGGCCUCGACGAGCAGAGGUUGAGUGCGGACAGUGGCUACAUCAUCCCUCUGCCGGACAUCGACCCUGUUCCGGAGGAGGAAGACCUGGGCAAGAGGAACAGACACAGCUCGCAGACCUCUGAAGAGAGUGCCAUCGAGACAGGUUCCAGCAGUUCUACCUUCAUUAAGAGAGAGGAUGAGACCAUUGAGGACAUCGACAUGAUGGACGACAUUGGCAUAGACUCCUCAGACCUGGUGGAGGACAGCUUCCUGUAACUGGCAGAUUCAAGGGGUACCUUCCACCUCUGGAGCCACCUUGGAUCCUUUCACGAAAACCACUUUACUGCAGUGCAGAGUUUCAGAGGAGGACUUGGAUGACGUGUAAAGAGAAGUUCCCAGCCAAGGGCCUCAGGGAGCCUUCUAAAUAUGAAUGGAUGAGAUAUUUUGGAGUGAACUUUUUCAGCACUGCCUCUUGGCAGUGCUUUAGUAGCAUCUCAGCGGUGUGUGAAGUUUGGAAGUAGACGGACAAGGAAAUAAUAGGCCGUGGAAGACGAACUUUGUAUUUCAAGGGCAUUGGUGAGAUUCCAACAUACACAUUUUUUACUGCAACAAAACUCCAGCAUUGUAAUUAUGUAAAUAACUCUAACCAAGGGCGUGUUUAGAUUUGUAUUAACUGUCUUCUCUGGACUUCUGAAAAGACCACUCAACCCAUCCAUGUACUUCCCGCUUGAAACCUGGUGUCAGCUGCUGUUGAAAUUUUUUAUGAAGUACAUGCAAAACCACUUUUGAACCUUAAAAGGUACUGGUACUAUAGCAUUUUCCUUUUUUUUUAGUGUUAAAGGAUAAAAGAUAACAAUUAACCGAACUCAUUUGAUAGAUUUGGGUCAUUUAGAAGCCCAGCAACUCAUUUUUAUACUAUAAUCUAUGUUUAUAAUAAUACUACUGUUAUCAGUAAUGCUAAAUGUAUAAUAUGUAACACGUUUUCCCUACAGAGAAAGCACAAUUUUUAAAAAUCCUUACUAAGUAGGUGACAAGUUUGACAGUUUUUGACAUUUAUAUUAAAUAACAUAUGUUUCUCUAUAAAAUAUGGUAAUAGCUUUAGUGGAUUAAAUUUAGUUGAACAUAGAGAACAAAGUAAAAGUAGUGUCUUCCAGGAAGUCAGAGUUUUUAACUGUGUACUGAGUAGGUUCCCUAGUCCCUUGUACUAAACAAUCAACUGCCCUCUGAAGUAAUGGGAUUCGAAAAGCAAACCAACCCCCUAAAUCCUAAACAUUCUCAAUAGAAAGGCAGGCCUAUGCCUAACAGGACUUCUCAUGUUGUUACCAAUGGAAAAUAUGGUCAUCAGCAGAAAGACUGGAUUUGCAGAGGUUUUUUCAUGCCUAGUGAUAACUUUGGUGGGCCCCAACAUACAUAGUUUUUAAAUUCUACAAACCCUACAAGAGUUGGAAGGAUGCCCUGCACAUCAGCUGCCUUCCUUCAUCUCUUACCCCAAAGAGGAGUAGUUUGAAACCCUGAGACUAUAAAGGCAUUGUUUAGUGGAGGCUGUGUGUGCAUGAGCCUGGAUCCUUGGUUCCCAAAUGUAACUGGCAACCAGAGUCCCCAGAUCCUAGGUCCCCAUCCCAAAGAUUCCGAAUCAUUAGGUCUGGUGGGGAGCAGAAACCUAUGUUUUUAUAAACUCCCUGCCUGUUCUGAUCAGCCAGGUUUGGGAAACACCAGCUUGGGUUACAGGAAGUUGCCAUGGGAAAAAAAUAAUUUGAAAUGUGGAACUGGGCUGGAAGUCAACCAUAUAGGAAACCUACCAUUUGAAUCCUUGGCGCUGGGUCAGUUGACAUUUAAUGCUAUCUAUCUAGCAAUUGCUACCCUUAAUUGAACUUUCCAGUCUUAGCUGAGGCUGGGAAAGCUAAAUCUUGGUUUGGCAGGUCUUCUAAAAGUAAAGACACUGCUUCUCUCUGAAUGGGGGAACUGAACUUGCCCUCCUCCCCCGGAAAAGGCGUGAACACAAAGGACGCACUUCUGUGUGCUGAGUCUCUGUGUAACCAGGUCAAUCUUUGGGUGAAAAAAAUUUAAAAGUUUUACUGAAAUUUUGGUGUUAAUGGGAGGACAAAUUGUUGCAUCCAUCUAAACAGUCACGCUGGUGGGUGUGAGCUCAUUGGCAUUCUUUGCAGUAUGGCUUAACAUUGCUGACACCAUAUGAAUGAAACAUGGGCAUGAUUACUGCAAUCACUGUAUGUGCUCCUGGCAGGUGAUGCUCUGGAAGAUGGAGAAGCAAUAACAAGGUACUUGACUACCUACUGGUGUAAUCUCAAUGCAAGCCCCGAAUUUCUUAUCCACCUUUUUCAUAGUAAGUGUGAAGACUGAGCCAGAUUGGCCAAUUAAAAAAGAAAACCUGACUAGGUUCUGUAGAACCAAUUAGACUUGAAAUACAUAUGUGUUUCUAGAAUCACAGCUCGAGCAUUCUAUUUACCACUCACUCUCCCAUGUACAGCCUUCUUUUCUUGGUGCUUUGCAUUUUGAUGUUCCUUUGAGUCUUGUGUGACAUCAUGAGGCUGGAUGAAAAUUCUCAGACCAGCAGGUUCCAGUCCUAAUGAAUGCUCCCACCUGAGUUUGUAUGUGACUGCAUUUUUUUUUUUUUUGGAGGUGAGGAAGAUUGGCCCUGAGCUAACAUCUGUGCCAGUCUUCCUCUAUUUUGUAUGUGGGAUGCCACCACAGCAUGGCUUGCUGAGCGGUGUGUAGGUCCAUGCCCAGGAUCCGAACCAGCGAACCUUGGGCAAAGCAGAGCAUGCAAACUUAACCACUAUGCCACCAGGUGGCCCCUGCAUUUUUUUUUUAAACAGUGUUUUCAAUGCAUCACAGAUUCGUUUUGUUUUUGGCCUCCUGCAAAGCCCCCGGAUGAAAAUUUACCAAUCCUUCCUGCUUUCUAUUUUUAUGAAGACAAUCAAAGCUGGCCUGAGAAACCCAAUUUGUGACUUUUUAAAUGAUCAAUGAUGUCCUUAAAAAUGUGGUCUGCCAAUCUGUACAAAGUGGUCCUGUUUUUGUGAAGAGGGACGUGAGAUAAAAUGAUGUUAUACAUCAAUGUGUAUAUAUGUAUUUCUAUAUAGACUUGGAGAAUACUGCCAAAACGUUUAUGACAAGCUGUAUCACUGCCUUUGUUUAUAUUUUUUUAACUGUGAUAUUCCCCACAGGCACAUUAACUGUUGCACUUUUGAAUGUCCAAAAUUUAUAUUUUAGAAAUAAUAAAGAGAAAACUACGUAAGUGUUCCCAAAACAGUGGUGUGGUAAAUGUGUGAGAAGAACUAACUCGAUAGGAAGGGUCUACGAUACAAAAUGUAUUACAAAUACUCCUGUUCGUGUUUUUGUUUUAAAACGUGUAAAUGAAGAUCUUUAUAUUUCAAUAAAUGAGAUAUAUAUAUAAUUUAAAGUUAUGCUAAGGUUCCAGGAUUUUUGUCUUUAGUUGGAUCGUAUAGAUUAAAGCAAUCCUAUUCAAUUUAUUUUGUUAGCAGCAUUCCAGGAGGACUCUGUCUUAUUUAUUUGAGCUAGUUCGUUUUCAGACCCAGCAUUUGACUUAAAGGAUGACUGGCUCUUGGCUCAUCUUUGAUCCUAUCAUUUAGUUUGUUUGUUAUAAUAGCGUUUUAUUGUGUGGUGUUUUUCUCCCCUUCAGAAGACAUACGAGACUGCAUUUACUCUGGACAGCACUCAAACAUUGUAGAAGUUCCUAAAAUAAAAGGUUAAACGCC